ACGUGUCUCACUUUUCUUUCUAUGAUGUUAUUUUAUAAGAACCAUUAAAAUCAUACCACCAAGUGAUAUAUAAGAAGGAAGAGAGUGGUUUUUAUCGCUCAACAGAAACCAAAGGUUAAGCCAUGUCCACCUUUCUACACAGUUCUCUUUCACAGGAAAUCUUCUCUUCAUUCCCUAUGCUUUUCUUCACUAUCUUACCAAUCUUCAUUUCACUUCUUUUCAUCAUCAAAUGGUAUUCCAACAAUUCUGCCACCCAAAAAAACUUACCACCUUCACCUCCAAGAUUUCCUAUACUUGGUAAUCUUCAUCAAAUUGGUGUGUCCCCUCACAGAUCACUCCAAGAUUUAGCUCACAAAUAUGGCCCUUUAAUGCUUCUUUAUUUUGGGAAGGUUCCAGUACUUGUAGUUUCCUCAGCUGAUGCAGCAAGAAAAGUAAUGAAAACUCAUGACUUAGUCUUCUGUGAUAGGCCACAACUUAAAAUCUUUGAUAUCCUUUUAUUCAGUUCCAAAGAUGUGGCAAGUUGUGCAUAUGGUGAGUAUUGGAGACAAGUAAGGAGUCUCAGUGUGUUACACCUUCUAAGUAACAAAAGAGUUCGAUCUUACCGUUGUGUUAGAGAGGAAGAAACUUUAAGAAUGAUGGAAUAUAUUAAGGAGGUUUCUUCUUCUGACUCGUCGCCCUUGAACUUGACAGAGUUGUGCUCUACAAUUACUAAUGAUAUAGUAUGCAGGGUGGCUCUGGGAAAAAGAUACCGUGAAGGAAGAGGGAUGAAAUUUCAGGAGGUGUUGUUGGAAUUUGGGGAGUUGCUGGGUACUGUAUGUAUAGGAGACUAUAUACCUUGGCUUGAUUGGUUGGGAAAAGUUAAUGGUUUUUAUAGCAAAGCAGAAAAAGUGGCCAAACAAUUGGAUGAAUUUUUUGAGGAAGUCAUUGAGGAGCACAUUAGUGGUGAUAGAACUAAUGGACAUGGUGUUGAAAAUGAGCAGAGUGAUUUUGUGGAUGUUUUGCUUUCGCUUCAAAAGACUAAUGCUAUGGGCUUCCCAAUUGAUAGAAUUUCAAUCAAGGCUUUGAUACUUGACAUGUUUGCUGCAGGUACAGACACAACCUACACAGUUCUAGAAUGGGCGAUGACAGAACUAUUAAGACACCAAACUGUGAUGCAUAAAUUGCAAGAUGAGUUGAGGAAUGUGGUUGGUAACAAAACUCAUGUAACUGAGGAGGAUUUGGUUAACAUGAACUACUUGAAAGCUGUGAUCAAAGAAACUCUUCGCCUCCAUGCACCAGUUCCGUUGUUAGUCCCUCGAAAAUCAAUGGAAGAUAUCAAAAUAAAUGGCUAUGACAUUGCAGCUGGUACACAAGUAAUAGUCAAUGCUUGGGCUAUUUCUAGAGACCCUUCAAGUUGGGAAGAACCUCUAGAGUUUAAACCAGAAAGGUUUAUGAAUAGUUCAAUAGAUUAUAAAGGAUUGGAUUUUGAACUUAUCCCAUUUGGAGCAGGAAGGAGGGGUUGUCCUGGUGUGUUGUUUGGAAUUGCAGUGAAUGAAUUGGUGCUAGCAAACCUUGUUUACCAAUUUGAUUGGAAAUUGCCUGAUGGAGUAGAAGGGAAGGAUUUGGACAUGUCUGAAACUAAUGGCCUUACUUGCCAUAGAAAAUACCCUCUCCUUGCGGUAGCUACCAAAUAUGAGAAAAAUGAAUGAACAUUAAAUUGAUGUGUCAAGUGAUUGAUUCAUGGAAUAAAUGAGACUUGGAGAUAUUGGUGUUGUUUUGUGGUUAAUCAAACUAAACUCCAACCGAAUUACCAUCUCAAAUAUGAUAAGAUAGUAGAAUUCUAAAUUAUGUAAAACCAACGUCACUUUUCAUUGAAAUUUUGGACCAUUUUCAAAUA